AGUGCAUUGUGUUUGCAUUUAUUUCUAAAGCCUGUAAAAAUUAAAUAAGAAGUAGAUAUAUACAGUGAAGGUGACCCCAGCAAGUAAUGUACAGCUCCCCAAAUUGUCCCACCACACAUCACUCCUUUAAAAUCUUCCCCCCUUAACCAUUUCUGACUUCCCAUUAAUGUCCCCAUUUCAAUUUCAUCUUCUUUUUUUUCAUUUUUUUUGAAUCCCACCUUUUUUUAUUUCUCUUCCCUUCUUCCCCCUAAAAACAGAGUUAUGAUGAAGAAAAAAACAUUGAACUUUUCUUCUCUUCUUAGAAACACAGAACUCAAAUAUUCAUCAUCCUCAUGGCCUUGGCCUUUGUAUUGUCACCAACCAAAAACUCUCUCUUUUAGAGUUGAUAACAAAGAUGACACAUUCAAAACCAUUAACUCAGCUUACUUGGAAGAUUCUGAUUCUAGCUUUUCAAAACACUCUGAGGAAUUCAAAAUAGGAGAUUCCAUCGAAACAACAAUCCGUGGAUUGCGUUCCGAUCGUUUUUUCUUCGAACCCGAUGAGACUAAUUCCAUUUUAGAGGCUAAUAAAGUUGCUGCUGAAGGAAAUGGAACUCAAAGCUUGCCAUUCAAAGAUAGUGUUGUUUUGUCUAUGGAAUCUCAAGACCCUUAUGUCGAUUUUCGAAAGUCUAUGGAGGAAAUGGUAGAAGCUCAUGAUGUUAAAGAUUGGGAGUGUCUUCAAGAGCUUUUGUGUUGGUAUUUGAGAGUCAAUGAGAAAACUAAUCAUGGUUAUAUUGUUGGUGCUUUUGUUGAUUUGUUGGUUGGUCUAGCAUUUGCUUCUACUUCUUCUUCUUUUUCUUCUUCAUCUUCUUCCCAAUCCAUUUCUUCUCCUUUGUCUUUCUAUAGUUCUUCUAUGUCUUCCUCCUACGACACUCGUUGUGUUUCUUGUUUGGAAGCUCGCGAGGAGGAGGUUAAUAUUCCUAGUUCUUCUUUGUUGUUAGAACAAGUUAGAGAGGAUAUUGAUCUCGAAGAUGAAGCUGAAGCUUCUGAUACUGAUACUGAAGUUUCAGCUUCAUCUUCUUCAUCAACUAUUUAAUCUAAUUAAGUUUUAUGAAAAUAAUUUUUAAUUAUGUAUAACGAAUAGUACUAGUUAUGUAAUAUAAAGUAACAUUUUUCUUCUUAAUGAUUUUCCAUGCUUAAUUUUUGUCUAUCUUACACAAUGUGUGGUUGUAUUUUUGUGUUCAUGAAUGUCACACGUGUGGUUAAAAAUGCAACCGUGUGAGUGUAUAUUCAUGAGAUGAGUUAAGAUAGUCACUUUCUAUUUCCUAUAGUACUGAAUGGGAAGAAAUAGAUGUGGAAAUUUCUAUUUUUGUCUAAAUUAAUUAUGUCAUCCCUACCAUAUAUGUAUAGUCAUAAUCUUUUGUAAAUCUAUGUACUUUAUGUAGCAAAAUGACAGCAAAUCUCUAUUGCUUUCCCUGAAA